ACUCCUAAGCUCCUCCGCCGGCGGAGGGCCAGGGUGAAGGGAUGGCCGGGCGAACGGUGCGGCUGGUGCUGCUGGUUGGGGCAGCCGCACUAGCAAGCGGCUCCCAGGGCGAUCGCGAGCCGGUGUACCGCGACUGCGUGCUGCGGUGCGAGGAGCGGAACUGUUCGGGGGCCGCACUGAAGCACUUCCGCUCCCGCCAGCCAAUCUACAUGAGCCUAGCAGGCUGGACCUGUCAGGAUGACUGUAAGUAUGAGUGUAUGUGGGUCACCGUUGGCCUCUACCUCCAGGAAGGUCACAAAGUGCCUCAGUUCCACGGCAAGUGGCCCUUCUUCCGGUUCCUGUGCUUCCAAGAACCAGCUUCUGCUGUGGCCUCUUUCCUCAAUGGCCUGGCCAGCCUGGUUAUGCUCUGUCGCUACCGCACCUCCGUGCCAGCCUCAUCCCCUAUGUACCCUACCUGCGUGGCCUUCGCUUGGGUCUCCCUCAAUGCUUGGUUCUGGUCCACAGUCUUCCACACCAGGGACACCGACGUCACAGAGAAAAUGGACUACUUCUGUGCCUCCACUGUCAUCCUACACUCAGUCUAUCUGUGCUGUGUCAGGACCGUGGGGCUGCAGCGCCCGGCCGUGGCCAGUGCCUUCCGGGCCCUCCUUCUGCUAAUGCUGACGGCGCACGUCUCCUACCUGAGCCUCGUCCGCUUCGACUAUGGCUACAACCUGGCGGCCAAUGUGGCGAUCGGCCUGGUGAACGCGGCGUGGUGGCUGACCUGGUGCCUGCGGAAUCGGCAGCGGCUGCCCCACGUGCACAAGUGCAUCGUGGUGGUCCUGCUGCUGCAGGGGCUGUCCCUGCUCGAGCUGCUAGACUUCCCGCCUCUCUUCUGGGUUCUGGAUGCCCACGCCAUCUGGCACGUCAGCACCAUCCCUGUCCACGUCCUCUUCUUCAGGUGGGUGCUCCUCCCUGCCCGUCCUUGCCUGCCUCUUAGAGGCCUCUGUGCACUGGUCACCCACUGCCCGCUCGCCUGCAACACCCCACCCUGCCCCCAGGGGACGCUCUCAGAGCUGUGCCUCAGUGGGCUCCUCCCUUGGCCCACAGCUUUCUGGAAGAUGACAGCCUCUACCUGCUGAAAGAAUCAGAGGCCAAGUUCAAACUGGACUGAAGGCCCUGGAAGCGGGUCUGCCCUCUUGGGGACUCUGUCCCUCCCUGCUGGCUCCCCUUCUUCCCCCCGUCCCUGCCCCAAUCCUUGAGAUGCCUUUUUUUCCUUUUAGCAUCUUGUUCUUGGACAUGGAGGGUGUGGGACCAGAAUCAUGUAACCUGCCCAGCCCCUUGCUCACCCCCACAUGGCCCUCACAGUUUUUGGCGUCAGUUCAGACCUGGCCUCAUAACAUCUGGGGCAGGAAAAUGGGCAACCCCUCUGCUCCCUGGAGCUGAACAGGGCUGGA